AUGGCUGGUGGCAUUGUCCUGCUGGAGGAUCAUCUCCGGAUGAGCAUGCAUAAAGGGUACCACAUGAGGGAGGAGGAUGUCUUCCCUGUACCGCAAGGCAUUGAGAUUGCCUGCAAUGACAACAAGCUCAGUCCGAUGGCGGCGUUGGUGCUGGUGAUGUCUGGUAAGGACCUGCCUUACAACAGGCCUACAAGCCCUCAGUCCAGCCUCUCUCAGCCUAUUGCGGACAGUCUGAGCACUGAUGGAGGGAUUGUGUGUUCCUGGUGUGACUCGGGCAGUUGUUGUGGCCAUCCUGUACCUGUCACGCAGGAUACAUGUGCAGCUUUACUUGAGGAGUUCAAACUGGAAGUGCAGUGUGGUGAAGACAGUUUGACUGAAGUGACUGCAGCAGCGAAUCACAGGGAAUUCUCUUCAGGCGUUGUGGCCGGCUUCAUUCUGGUUAUAGAUGGCUGCAUGCUGGACUGGGCCCUGCAGGAGGAGCUGAAGAACACCUUCCUUGAGCUGAGCCGUAGAUGCAAGGCAGUCAUCUGCUGCAGGUCCACUCCACUGCAGAAGAGCAAGGUGGUCCAGCUGAUCCAGGACCAGCUUGGCGUUAUGACCCUGGCUGUGGGUGAUGGAGCCAAUGAUGUGAGCAUGAUUCAGGUGGCUGACGUGGGCAUCGGGAUAUCUGGUCAGGAGGGCAUGCAGGCUGUGAUGUCCAGUGACUUCGCCAUCUCCAGGUUUAAACACCUCCGUAAGCUGCUGCUGGUCCAUGGCCACUGGUGUUACUCUCGUCUUGCAAACAUGAUCCUCUACUUCAUCUAUAAGAAUGUGAUGUAUGUGAAUCUGCUGUUCUGGUAUCAGUUCUUCUGUGGUUUCUCUGGGAGCGUCAUGACCAACUCCUGGGUGCUUAUUCUCUUCAACUUGCUCUUCACUUCCAUUCCUCCUCUGGUCUAUGGCGUCCUUGACCAAGACACGCCUGCAGACACGCUGAUGGAGCUGCCUGAGCUCUACCAGGCUGUGCGGAUCUCCAAGGUCUAUGCUCCCUACGUGUUCUGGAUCACAGUUUUGGAUGCUUUUUACCAAAGCCUUGUCUGCUUCUUUGUGCCUUAUUUCGCAUUUGCAGGAUCAGAUAUUGGGGAACUGUCCUUUGGCUCUCCGAUCAACGUCUCAGCUGUCCUCAUUAUCCUGCUGCACCAAGUUAUCGAGAGUCACACUCUGACGUGGAUUCAUGUGCUGGUGUUGGUUCUCAGUGGUGGUUUCUACUUUGGCUUUGUGCUGCUCUUCAGUUUGUUCUGUGCGACCUGCAGCCCCCCCACCAACCCUUUGGGGGUAGAAACACUCCAGAUGUCCCAGCCUCUCUUUUAUAUCAUUUGUGCUCUAACUACUGUGAUGGCUCUGUUACCCAGGCUGUUGUUUCGGGCUCUGCACAACACCUUCCACCCCUCUGCUGUUGUGACGUCAGCUCAGAUGGACAAAGUAGAUUCAGAGAAGUACCGCAGGAGAAUGCAGCGCUGGAACCUGAGCCACUCCAGAAUCAACAGGCCGCCAGUGUACGCCGACAACCCCGGCCUGGAGCCCAGCACAGCCUCAGUGGUGUCCUGACUCUACAGAGUCCCCCAGUCAGACCUGGCCAGACAGAGAUAGAAAUGAAACUUCAGAAAAGACUGCUGUGUAUGGAUGUUCCCUUUCUGUCCACUCUCUAGACAUUUACAGGCUGCACAGACUGUGCUACAAGCCAACGGACUCUUGGUGAGACUGAUUUGCUAUGAAAGAAAAUCAUGUUUUAAUUGGACAUGUUGUACUUAAUGAAUAAAUCAGAAUGGUGAGUAUCUGUUGAAAUAUCUAAAUAAGCAUGGAAACAGACACUGUGAAUAAUGACCAUCAUGUAAAAUAUUUAGACAAAAAUAUUUUAAAGGAACUGUAUGUAUCAUUUGAACAUCAGGAAAUCAUCAGCUUUAUUAAACUUUUGAUAUUCGUCAUUAAGAAAUGAGAGCUCUCUACUGGCCUUCACUUUAUUCAGUUUUACAGGGUGAUCCGCCAGACUGGCUGGAUGUAACAGGAAAACUGCCGGACUGAUGCACACCACCAAGGCUACUUUCAUACUGCAGGUGAAAGUGACCAAAUCAGAUUUUAUUUUAAUAUGACUGUUUCUUUCAUUCCAUCUUGAUAUUCAUCAUCAUCUCACUAAAAGCCAAUAUUGAAAUCUUGGCAAUCUUUUUUUUUUUUUUUUUUUUUAUUGUCUUCUGCAUGUGCUAUUAAAUUGGUCAAAUCGC